GAGAAGGUGGAGGAGUUGAAGGUGCAGGGGGAGUUACCGUCCGGGGGAGAGGAGAAGGCGAGGAAGAGGGUGGUUGUUGUUGGGUUGGGGAUGGUGGGUGUGGCGUUUAUUGAGAAACUUCUGAAGUACGAUAUUAAGAGGAGGGAAUACGACAUCGUCGUUAUUGGAGAGGAACCACAUCUCGCAUACAACCGUGUGGGGUUGACGAGUUUCUUCCAACAUCGCAUCGUGGAGAAUUUGUACUUGAAUCCUAAGGAAUGGUACUCAUCAAUGCCCGAGGGUUCGCUGAACUACCAUCUCAACACACUGGUCACGGAGAUCAACUCACAGGACAAGACGGUUAGCACAUCGGCAGGCGACACAGUGCCAUACGACAUCCUCGUCCUAGCAACAGGCUCAGAUGCGCUCGUACCUCGCCACACUCCCGGCCAUGACGCAGAAGGCGUCUUCGUGUACCGAACCAUCGACGACCUUCAGAAGCUCAUUGCAUUCUCGAGCACGCGGAAAGGCACGACAGGCGCGGUCGUGGGUGGCGGUCUUCUCGGCCUCGAAGCGGCACACGCAAUGAUGGACCUCCACGAAUUUGCAUCAGUCAAGUUGAUCGAGCGCAACAGGUGGGUUCUGUCUCGGCAGCUCGACGGCGACGCGGGAGGUAUGGUCGUGGAGCAAGUGCGGUCACUCGGCCUCGACGUCCUGCUCAGCAAGCGCGUUGGAAGGAUUCUCACAGACGACAAGAACGCCGUCACGGGCGUUGUGUUCGAGGACGGAGAGCAGAUGGAUUGCUCUUGUAUCUGCUUUGCCAUCGGCAUCAAGGCCCGUGACGAGCUGGCGCGGAAAGCGGGAAUCAAGUGUGCGGAUCGUGGCGGUGGUAUCGUCGUGAAUCCCGAUCUCUCGACAUCGGCCCAGGACAUAUAUGCCAUUGGAGAGUGCGCGAGCUGGGAAAACCAGACGUUCGGUUUGAUCGCACCGGGAGUGGAAAUGGCGGACGUGCUGGCGUUCAAUCUCACGCAGGCGAAAGCGCACGCGAUGAGGAAGUUCAAGCGACCGGACUUGAGCACAAAGCUGAAGCUUCUCGGGGUGGAGGUUGCGAGUUUUGGAGACUUCUUCGCGGACCGCGAUGGCCCGAAGAACAUGCCUGGGAGGAAACCCGCUGGCUCGACGAAGGAGGACACGAUCAAGAACCUCACCGAUGGACCAGCCCCGCCGCCUGUCAAGGCAUUGACAUACAAGGACCCCUUCCAGCAAGUGUACAAGAAGUACCUCUUCACAAUGGAUGGAAAGUACCUCCUUGGUGGAAUGAUGAUCGGCGACACAAAGGACUACAUAAAACUGGUGCCCAUGGUCAAGAACCAGAAGCCGUUGGAGAUUCCUCCAAGCGAGCUCAUCGUCGGAGCACAAAAGGGCGAAGAGGACGGCGACGACCUAACCGACGACACGCAGAUCUGUUCGUGCCACAACGUGACGAAGGGCGACGUCGUUAAUUCCGUCAAGGACGGCACCUGUAAGAGCAUCGGCGACGUCAAGUCGUGCACUAAGGCCGGCACUGGUUGCGGCGGCUGCAUGCCGCUCGUGCAGACCAUCUUCAACAAGACCAUGGCUUCGAUGGGCCAGGAGGUCAAGAACCACCUGUGCCCGCACUUCGAAUACUCUCGCGCCGAUCUGUUCAACAUCAUCUACGUGAAACGCAUCACCGAGUUCGCGGACGUCAUGAGGGAGUGCGGAAAGGAGCCUGAGUCGACGGGCUGCGAGGGUUGCAAGCCCACCAUCGGUUCCAUCAUCGCCUCGCUGUUCAACAAGCAUCUCAUCGACGACACCCGCAAAGGUCUGCAAGAAACGAACGACAGGUUCCUCGCCAACAUCCAGCGCAACGGCACAUUCUCCGUCGUACCCCGAGUGUCAGGCGGCGAGAUCACCCCAGAGAAACUCAUCAUCAUCGGCACAGUCGCGAAGAAGUUCAACCUCUACUGCAAGAUCACAGGUGGUCAGCGUAUCGAUCUGUUCGGCGCGAAGAAGCAUGAUCUUCUGGCCAUCUGGCAGGACCUCAUCGAUGGAGGCAUGGAGUCCGGUCACGCGUACGCCAAAUCCCUGCGAACGGUCAAGUCCUGCGUCGGUUCGACAUGGUGCCGCUACGGCAUUGGUGACAGUGUGGGCAUGGCAGUGCGCCUCGAGGAGCGUUACAAGUCGAUUCGCGGGCCGCACAAGUUCAAGGGCGGUGUGUCUGGUUGUGUGCGCGAGUGCGCAGAGGCACAGAGCAAGGAUUUCGGCCUCAUCGCCACGGAGAAGGGGUUCAACAUCUUCGUUGGCGGUAAUGGAGGCGCGAAGCCCAGGCACGCAGAUCUUCUUGCGAAGGAUGUUGCGCCGGACGAUGUGGUCCCCAUCCUCGACCGCUACCUUGCAUUCUAUAUCCGCACCGGAGACAAGCUCCAGCGAACGGCGAGGUGGAUCGAGAACUUGCCAGGAGGCCUCAAGUACCUCCAGGAAGUCAUCCUCGAAGACAAGUUGGGCAUCUGCGCCGACCUGGAGAAGCAGAUGGAAGAGCUCGUCGGCACCUUCUUCGACGAGUGGAAGGAAGUCCUCGUCAGCCCCGCACGACGAGCACACUUCUCGCAGUUCGCCAACACGCAAGACAACAUCGCGCCGGCGAUCGAGCCGACCGCGGAGCGCGGCCAAGAGCGCCCAUCGUACUGGCCAACGGACUCGGUCAAGACGGACUUCAAGGGCCACAAGUGGUCAGAACUGACAUGGCAGCCGCUUGUCAAGGCAGAUACAUUCUCCGACCUGCCAACCGGCGAUUCGAAGCCCAUCAAGCGCGGCGACACGCAGCUCGCCGUCUUCAAGGUCCGCGGCAAGUGGUACUGCACCCAGCAGAUGUGUCCCCAUAAGCGCGCCUUCGUCCUCAGCGACGGCCUCAUCGGCGAUGACAUCAAGAAUAACAAACUAUGGGUCUCCUGCCCGCUCCACAAGAGGAACUACGAGCUCGGCGGCGCGGAGGCUGGUAAAUGUGGUAACGAUGACGAGGUCAACAUCGCGACAUUCCCUAUCGAGGAGAGGCCGGAUGGUUGGGUGUACGUCAAGCUACCGAGCGUCGAAGAAUUGGACAGCGUUCUCGGUACAAGCUUGUUCGUAGUGAAGAAGAGCGAGAGCGUGGAUCCCUUUGUGGCCAUGGAUAAAAAGUUGAACGCAAUCAACAACUUGAAGGGCAGGAAGGGCACGAUGAUCAGCCACCUUGAAGACCAGCAAAAGAAGGCAGCUCUGAUUCUUGCUGGAGGCGAGCGCGGCGCAGGUGGACUUGAUUGGUAGACGGAGAGUCACUCCGAGAGCGUAUGACGACGGAUGUACACAACGAUAUCAUGAUUGCAUUUCCAGGGCGUUACAAUGUUGUCUUUGGGGGCGAAUUAUUUAGUAACACUCAGUCUCGGUUGGAAAAACGACAAUAUACCAUAUUCGGAUCAUUUUACUCAAACAAAUAA